CAACAUUUAAUUUCAUUCUAUUGUAAUUUUUGUUAUCGCUGUUCCCAUUCCAUCCAUCCAUCGAUGGCUCUUUCAUUUUCUCACAACAACCCUCUUCUUCAUCUUAAUGGGAACAAAACUCAUUUUUCUUUUCAAUCUCAAACCACACUUUCAUCAAAAGCCAACAUAAAUUGUACACACUACUUCCCCCAAUUCCCAUCUAUUCAAUGUUCCAACUACAAAACCAGCAGCAGCAGCAGCAGCAUCAACCUCAGAACUUGCAAGAACUGCAAAACCCAAUUUGACCCUUCCCUCAACCACCCUCUUGCUUGUCGAUUUCAUACUGCCCAUUUUGGAGGAGAAACUAAGAGGAAGUUUGAGAGUGUGCAUGAAGGGGGAACCAUGAACACUCCUGGCUCUGGCAAAGUUCUUCAGUAUUGGCAUUGUUGUGGAUCCGAAGAUCCAUUCGAUCCUGGUUGCACUGCUUCUCCUCACUCCUCAUAUGAUGACUGAUUUAGAUCGCAUGAAUCUGUGAUUCGCUUUCUCUGUUGAAGAUUCUUUUUGCUAAAUAUAAUUUCUGAACUCUUGUAAAAACAAAAUCCUGACUCAAUAGUUUCUGAAAUAUGGCUUCUUCUUGCAAACAAGUAUAUGAGAUUGUUUUGAAUAGUAUAUUAGAUUGUUUUCAACCUAUGCAAGUCGAAAGACACUGUCGAACACUAAAUGUGAACUAUCUCCCAACCGGAUUAAAACACCCGAGUAGUUUUAUCCUUUUAUAUAAGCAUACUCUUCAAGGUGGUGUAAAUUGGAGUUGAUUCUUUGUUUUAGUUGUUUAUUUAUUUGAACAUUGUGAAUGUUUGUUAAUUGAUUUGAAGGGAAAUAAAAGGGAAAGUGUUGGGAAGUUUGGUAUUUGAAGGAAGGUUUUGACCACAA